ACACAUGCAGCUCAAGGCAUAAAACACUAGGGUUUAGUAUCUCUCACAUCAUCGAUCACAUUCACCCCACACACUGAGCAAGAGGCGCAGCGCCGCCGCAACCUCGCCGUCACGACGUUGCUCUCUGCUUACGAGACACCAAAAUGGCAAGAGGGCUGAAGAAACACUUGAAGCGGCUAAAUGCCCCAAAACAUUGGAUGCUUGAUAAGCUUGGUGGUGCCUUUGCACCGAAGCCAUCAUCUGGACCCCACAAAUCGAGGGAAUGCCUGCCUUUGAUCCUUAUCCUCCGAAACAGGCUGAAGUAUGCUCUCACAUAUAGAGAAGUUAUUGCCAUCUUAAUGCAGCGCCAUAUUCUUGUUGAUGGCAAGGUUAGGACUGACAAGACAUAUCCUGCUGGUUUCAUGGAUGUUGUAUCUAUUCCCAAGACCAAUGAAAAUUUCCGUCUUCUUUAUGAUACAAAGGGCCGUUUCCGUCUCCACUCUGUAAGGGAUGAUGAGGCAAAGUUUAAGCUUUGCAAAGUUCGAUCUGUUCAGUUUGGGCAGAAAGGAAUCCCCUAUCUGAACACCUAUGAUGGCCGCACCAUCCGCUAUCCUGAUCCCCUCAUUAAGGCAAAUGACACUAUCAAGCUAGACUUGGAACUUAACAAGAUCACUGAAUUCAUCAAGUUUGAUGUUGGGAAUGUUGUUAUGGUGACUGGAGGAAGGAACAGAGGUCGAGUUGGUGUGAUCAAGAACAGGGAGAAGCAAAAAGGAAGUUUUGAUACCAUCCAUGUCCAGGAUGCCACUGGUCAUGAGUUUGCAACUCGCUUGGGUAAUGUCUUUAUGAUUGGCAAAGGAUCAAAGCCUUGGGUGUCUCUUCCUAAAGGCCGUGGUAUCAAGUUAUCUAUCAUUGAAGAGGCUAGGAAGAGGCAAGCUGCUCAACAGCAGGCAGCUGCUUAAGAGGCUGUUCGAAUACAUGCUUAUUGGAGCUUAUCUACUAAAAAAAGCACCAAAUAAGCUCUAAAAAGUGCAUUUUUGGUCCGCGUUCAAACAGGCUAUAAAUUUGAUUCCUUUUUAUUGCUACUGCUAUUUUAGUUUAUUUUAAGACUGCCUUGAGGUUAAGGAUGAGAAAGUUAUGCGUUUAUUUAACAUCUCAAAUUUUGAACUAGCCUUAUUGAUGAGUUCAAUUGGUUAAACUUGUCCAUUUUUUCUUCA